AUGCCCACCAAACGCAAACUUGAGUAUUUCGAUCCUAAUAAAUCUGAUUCUAACGACACAGACUUUGAACCCGAUCAAUUAGCAAGCAAGCGUACCCGAAAGCAACCUCGCAAACGCUCUGGAAAUUCCAGAAAACGUCCCAAACGUCCUAGAUACCGAGGCUCCGAUGUUUCAGAUAAUGAAGAUGAUAACGACAGCCUUUUGGAAGAUUCAUUCUCAGAAUCUUCAGAAGACGAGGAACUCGAAUUAAACCCUGCUACUGGAAGAUCGGUGCGCAAAGCUGCGAGAAAAACUGUCAAUUAUGAGGAAAAAAGCGGGAGUGAUGCUGCAGAUAACACUGGAGAAUUUGGCUCGAAGCCUUCCGAGCAAAGAAAAAAACGUCUCAAAUCACAGUCAACAUCAGAUGAAGAUGAGGAAGAUGACGUGAAGCCCACCGCGACCAAAGCUCGUACACGAAUGGUAACAUUAAAGAUUCAUACUCCUCAUCGUAUAAUAAGAACUGGUACUACUGCCCGAACAACACGCCCGCGUGGAAGCAUAGAGCCUUUGUCAGCUGGACUAACACGCUCAUUGAGGCGAGCGCAAACUGUAGAGGCUGAUGAACCCAUGGUCGUUCCUCUUACACCCGGAAGACGCAGCUUUCGUAAAGGCCACAGUUUAGAGCCCGCCUCACGCUCAAAGCCGAAUAAGGGACCAAAAGAGUCUAGAAAACUCACGCCAACGACCGAAGAAGUUAAUGAGAUCAGUUCUGGAAAUCAGGAAGCAAAAGAUACGACAAUUGCCACUGACUUUGCUGAUUCUGACUACCCCGAAGAAAGCAGCCCAAAGUCUAAAGAAGGUACGCAAGAUGUAAAACAAAUCGACCACAGUAUAGCCAAUUCAGCGUUAGACGAAGAAAAAAGCCAGAUUCAUGAGGAGUUAUCCGGUGGAGGAGAUGAUGAGGAAGAUGAAGAUCAACCAAUUACUAAGCGCCGUAGGAGAGGAACAGGGACAAGCAUUCCUGCAACGCAAUUCCAAGAAAAUAAUUCAGCAAAAGUCAGGUCAACUUCACAACGCCAAACACGCAGAUCAACCUUACUUCAACAGGGAGGUAACGAAGUUGGUAGUGAUUUUGAACCCCCUGAUGAUGCUUCUGAAGAUGAAGUAUCCGCAUCUGACACUUCACCCAAGAAAAAAAGUAAGGAGGCCGAGAUAGACAAUAGCCCAGGCUCGACGGCACGACGUACUCGCAACCCAAAGUCAAAGAGUAACUCACAAAGCCGAGGAGCUCUUGAAUCUUCGGAUGAUGAGCUUGAUCAAGAUGAAAUAGCCGAGGAAUUACAUGACCUCAAGGAAACUACACAAAAACGAAGAAAAAUGAGGAGGAAAGACUCUGGAAUUUUGUACGAGAGAACUGGUCGGGCACGAACAAAAGUUGACUACACGAUAAAACCUCUCGACCAGAUAUACGCAGCUGACGAUGAUGCCGAAGAUGACACACCUAAUCCAACCAGACGUACCACUGGUGGACGAAACGCUGCCAGCCAGCCGUGGGAGCGAAACUUAUUCUCUACUUUUGGUCCGUUUGGCGGUGGUGGUGGCCCUUCUCCAGUAAUUGGAGGGCCUUGGGGUACAGAAGUAGUCGGUGGAGUUGAUUCUGAUAGUAGUGAUGAUGAGACAUUGCAAAGACCCACAGGAGCUGUCGGAUUAACACCUACCUCGGCUGUUGCACCCGGACUUCUCCCAGGCCUAGGUCAAGCCAAUAAUCUUGAUACAGCCGGAGGCUUAUCAGGUAAUCCUGCAAAUCUUGGGAAGAUAAAGAGCCAAAAAUCCUUAGCCGAUGCAGAUCCAUUGGGGGUUGAUCAAGACGUUGAUUUCAGCAAAGUUGGAGGCUUGGAAGGCUAUAUUGACCAGCUCAAAGAAAUGGUUCAAAUGCCUCUUUUAUAUCCUGAAUUAUUCUCAAAGUUCCACGUUACUCCUCCUCGGGGUGUACUAUUUCAUGGCCCACCUGGGACUGGUAAAACUCUCCUCGCAAGAGCACUCGCUGCCAGCGUCGGAUCAGGAGGGCAAAAGAUCACAUUCUAUAUGCGUAAAGGUGCCGAUGCCUUAAGCAAAUGGGUAGGUGAGGCAGAGAGACAGCUUCGUCUACUAUUUGAUGAAGCUAGAAAGACCCAACCAAGCAUCAUCUUCUUCGAUGAGAUUGACGGACUUGCUCCUGUCAGGUCGAGCAAACAAGAGCAAAUUCAUGCGUCAAUUGUAUCUACUCUACUGGCUUUGAUGGAUGGGAUGGAUGGCCGUGGUCAAGUAAUUGUUAUCGGAGCUACAAAUAGGCCAGAUAAUAUUGAUCCCGCUCUGAGACGUCCAGGUAGAUUUGACAGGGAGUUCUACUUUCCGCUUCCAGAUAUGAAGGCUCGACAAUCAAUUCUUAAAAUUCACACUAAAGACUGGGGUAUUGAUGAAAAUUUUGUGGCUUCGUUGGCACAAGUUACAAAAGGAUACGGGGGCGCAGAUCUAAGGGCACUCUGUACUGAGGCAGCCUUAAAUUCAAUUCAACGAACAUAUCCUCAGAUUUACUCAUCGAUUGAAAAACUAAGGGUUGACGCUGAUAAAAUUAAGGUUACUGCAAAGGAUUUCAUGAUCUCUAUCCAACGGAUAAUCCCUUCUUCUGAAAGAUCAGCAUCAGCUGGGGCCGCUCCUCUCCCAAAGAGUGUUGAGCCACUAUUACAUGAUCAAUUAAAGCAGAUUGAAUCGAUCCUCGAUGGCCUGAUACCACUUAAAAAGAAAACCACGGCUCUUCAGGAAGCUAUGUAUGAACAAUAUGAAGAAGAAGAUUAUGGAUUUGGUCGAGAGACUAUGGAGCGGGACUUUGAGAGAUCCCGCGUUUUUAGACCACGCUUACUAAUACAAGGUGAGCCCGGUAUGGGUCAGACCUACAUUGGUAGUGCGAUUUUGAACCACUUCGAAGGGCUACACGUCCAAAACUUUGAUCUCUCAACAAUAUACAGUGAUUCUACCCGGUCACCCGAAGCGGCCCUUGUUCAGUUAUUUACAGAAGUAAAACGCCAUAAGCCAAGCGUCAUAUACCUUCCCGGCGUAGAUAACUGGUAUCAAACACUUAAUGAUGCAGCUAUAAUGACAUUCCUGGGCCUGCUUCGAUCAAUUCCGCCCACUGAUCCAAUUCUAGUACUUGGUAUAACAGAUACCCCAUCAAAUAAAUCUAAUUCUGGGUUAAUACGCGAAAUAUUUGGAUACUCAAGAUACAAUCGUUUCACCAUAAAUCGGCCAUCUAGGUCAGCACGGACAUCUUUCUUUACUAGCAUUGGAGAAUACGUCAAAAAAUCACCAAAAGAUUUUCCGGAACCAUUGAACCGUAAGAAGAGGAAGCUAGAAGUACUCGAAUUAGCUCCACUCCCGGAAGUCAAAGCACCAACAAGAGAAGAAAUUGAUGCGCAGAAGAAGAAAGAUCAUCAACUAUUGAAUCUCUUGAAAGUCGCCAUCCAGCCAAUCAUGGAUCAAAUACAAAAAAAGUACAAAAAAUUUCGCUCUCCUGUGAUUCCACAGAGUGCUAUUAAGUAUAUUUUUGAUGAAAAAGAUCCAGAUUUUGUACGUGCUGAUAUCGCUACUCUUCGACCAUAUGAGAUUGGGAAAGAUAAAGAUGGUGUUAUAGGGCUUCGUGAAGUUGCAUCAGGAAAAUUUUUCUACAACCUAGAGACAACAACUAUAGAAGAGCGAUUAUCAAAUGGUUUUUAUGCUCGCCCUAAAGAUUUCUUAGCCGAUAUAAGAUCUCUGGCAAAAGACGCAAAACGAGUCGGGGAUAAAGAGCGAACUCUCAAAGCCCAGGAAUUAUUAGCAAAUGUUGAAGUAGAUAUCGCUCUUAUAGAGCAGAACCCUAUUUUUUCUGACUGCGAGAAUCUCUAUAUCAGACAACAUCAACGAGCUAAGGAAAAAGAAGCAAAGCUUAUGAAACGGGAUGGAAAAAACUGUUGCGGGCCAAUUCUUGAACCCGAUGCACCGCUUGCUUCAAUAAACCUAGGACUCUCGCCUCAUGAGAACCCAAGUCCUAGAACAAGUCUAGCAUCUUUAGUGAUUCCUCAUACUUCAAAUACCACACUAGAUGGAUCCCUGGUGAAUGGAGGACCAGUACAGUCUCGUAGUUUUGAGGAUGUAGUAAUGGGAGGUACUGACAAAGAUGUACAUAAGACUAUGCAACCUCCACUUCAACCCCUUGCAAUUAAUCGAGGCCAGAAUGUCGACAUGAUAAACACACUUAGUCAGGUGUCGCAGCAAGUGGUCUUUAAGGAGACUGCAUCCGAAACAAUUGCUCGAGAUCCCCUUCAUUGUUUAGCAGCGAUGAAUCCAAUGAAAAAAUCCGAUACCUGGGGUGCUCGAAGGCUAAAUGGACUCAGUAAUCCAAUGUCAUCGAGUCCAGCUGAGAAGCCAACUCAGGAUUUCGAUAUACCUGAUACGCAGAGAAAUACCCAAGUUGACACUAGUGACGAGUGGCCAGCAUCUCAGGCUCAUCCUGCUACCUAUGGAGCUCCUCAUUCUUUUCAGGCACCCACCUACACUAAUCAACCUCUGCAGACGGUUUCAGUCCCAUUAGGCUCUGGGUCACAUCAGCAAGUCUCCAAGUCACAUCCGACGGGCAUGGCAAACCUCUUGAAUGACUUGCCCCUCGAAUCUAGCUCCUUUCAGAGCACUCCAUCUAAUGAGCUUAUUUUAGAUUCUUCCUAUAUUCAAGUUGCACUCACUCGCUUCGUCGAUGGAACUAGCGGCUGCUCAAUCGAGCAACUCGAGCGGAUUAACCGCGAAUUAAUGAAUGGGUUAUGGAGCAUGCGCGGUGAAUGGAAUCGUACGACUGUCAUGAGUCGCUUGGUCAGUAUUUUUAACGAGACACUUUGCGACAUAGAAGAGAUACAGCGGAUGAUCGCCGGUAGUCAACUAGAACUUGAGACAAGCCAAUUAUGA